AUAACCCGAUGCUUUCGUGGCAGAGCGCAGGAUACGGACGUGCGUAGCAUAUCUUUGCAGCGGAGAUAUUCAGGCGUAAACAGGAACAAGAGAUUCUUGUUUAUAUCGUUUAUGGAACUACACGAGGAAGACGUAAAAACACAGAAGCAUUAUGUACCAUUACCCCCCCCCCAUAUACAGUAUGUAUAUAUAACAACCAGUUGCUUGGACUCAUCACCAGUAUAUGCCAGUGGACAACUUAUAGUCGCGAUUUAAUUGUUGGGACUUGACUGGAAUGUCAUUAAUUAGCAAUGGGUUAUCUCGUCAAUGAUCGCUCGUUCGUCGUCGUCGUCGCCUUCUUCUCGUUGUUGGCCGUGAUUCCUAGCUCACAGGCCGGAGGGUGUAGCUGCCCUCCCCUAUGGACAGGCUUUGGUGAACACUGCUACAGGUUCUUCUCGAUGAAUAUAAGUUGGUUCGAAGCGGAGAACCGCUGUCGUGAUUUCACAGUCCCGUGCUCUGACGGGAGUACUGAUGGUCUGUUUCAGGGACAUCUCAUCUCGGUUCAUUCCCAGGAAGAAUUCUCCUUCUUAAGCACGAUGUACGAGUCACUCAGAGUCAAACGGACUGAUAGACCGGUGUGGGUAUGGAUGGGUCUACACGACCGAGGUACGGAGGACUCGUAUGAAUGGAUCGACGGGACCGAACUGGACUUUACCAAGUGGGCCCCUGGGCAGCCAAACAACUACCAAGAACAGGAUUGUUCUAUGUUCAGACUAGAGGAUGAUGAAUAUUACUAUCAUGAUGUAGCCUGCGACGACAAUAUUAGAGUGGAAGCAUUUAUUUGUAAAAUUCCGAAAUGGUAGCCAGCAGCGAAAUAAGAAAUAACGAUUAAAUUACGUAGUGUCAUUUUUUCUGACUAUUCUUUUUUUUUAGAUCCAGUAAGGUAUGCGAUUCUUAUUCACUGGGUUCAAAACCAGAUUUUUUUUGCAUUUGCAACAUUGCAUUUAUAUAUCACCGGAAAUUUUGUAUUUACAAUAGCACCCUCUCUUGUUCUGUUUCGAGGCGCUCAAUAAGAAUAGUUUUUUUUAAAUAUCAGAGAUGAUACAUGUAUAUAAAUGCAAUAAAAUAAACUCAAAUUAUACUUUCCAAAUUUGUACGAAGUAAAGUAUGUGUAUAGAAAUGAGGAGGUUUACUGAUAAGCAAAGCUUGUAGAAUGUUGGUUACUUGAUAACCGCGAGCAGGUGUUAUUUAAUUUAAAUCAUUUUGUAAAAUCA